GCCUGCGCUGUCAGCGGAUGAGAGGAUAGCUAUGUUUCCGGACAACAUCCAACGUGUUUUGGCGCUGCUCGCGGCCCUGGCUGCAUGCAGCGCUGUUUCGGCGCUGUAUCCACGCGAGUCGGAGACAAGGGAGGUGAAGCUCCUCGACGGGGUGUGGAACUUCCGAGCAUCCAGCGAUUGUGAUCCCGAGGAGGGCUUCGUCAAGAAAUGGUUCCAGCAGCCACUUUCACUGACGGGGCCGGUGAUCCCGAUGCCCGUUCCGUCCAGCUUCAACGACAUAACGCAGAGCAAGGCACUGCGCGACUUCGUCGGAUGGGUAUGGUACGACGUGGAGUUCUUCGCACCGGCUCGCUGGGAGCGGAAGAGUGGUCCCGGAGGCCUUCGCGUAUUUCUUCGUUUCGGCGGUGUCCACUACGAGGCCAGGGUCUACCUGAACGGGGAGCCUGUAGUGUCGCAUGUGGGCGGCCAUCUGCCUUUUUCAGCAGAAGUGACGGAAGUCCUCCGCUACGGACGUAAGAACCUGCUGACCGUUGCGGUGAACAACACGCUUACCGCGGCAACUAUUCCCCAGGGUACACUGUUCCGGCCGAAUGACACUAUGAGGUAUCCCAAGGGCUACUACCGGCUGGACGUGCCCUUUGACUUCUUCAACUACGCGGGCAUCCACAGGAGUGUCACUCUGCACACAACUCCGAGCGACUUCAUAGACGACGUCCUCUUCGUGACCAAGAAGGCCACGGAUGAACUCGCGGCGGUGGACUUCAAGAUUGAUGUGAAGACCGAGAACGGGACGUCCCACUGCCGCGUGGUCCUGUUGGACGAUCGAGGCCUCGCGGCCACUUCGUCCGCGGGCUGUGCGGGUCAGCUGUCCCUCAGAGAUGCCAAGCUGUGGUGGCCUGUGGGCAUGCACAGCCAGCCAGGAUACCUCUACACAGCUAGGGUGGAAGCCACGGUGGGCGACUCGACCGAUGUCUACUACCAGAAAGUAGGCAUCCGCACCGUGCGGGUCACCAGUGACAGCUUGCUUAUCAAUGAACGUCCCUUCUACCUGAUGGGCUUCGGCAAGCACGAGGACUCGAAUAUCCGUGGCAAGGGUCUAGACAUGGCACUGAUUGUGAAGGACUUCAACUUGAUCCACUGGCUGGGUGCCAACUCGUUUCGCACAUCUCACUACCCGUACGCCGAGGAGAUCAUGGACCAGGCGGACGCCCAGGGCAUUGCCGUCAUCGAUGAGGCGCCCGCUGUCGCCCUUUCCUCGUUUGACGACACCAUGCUGGAACAGCACAAAGAGCGAAUGAGGGAGAUAGUGCAACGCGACAAGAAUCGGCCCUCUGUCAUCCUCUGGUCGCUGGCCAACGAGGCGAGCACCAACAAGCAUCCGGCAGGUCGCUACUUCGCCUGUCUAGCGGACUACGUCCGCAAGCUGGAUGUCACGCGGCCCAUCACUGCUGCCCUCAACAAGAAGUAUGACCAGGACCUCGCGGGCGACCACUUAGACGUCAUUAUGCACAACAAUUACCCAGCCUGGUACAGCGACGUCGGCUCGACCGAGGUCAUCGUUCCGCAGAUCGUGGACGAGUACAAACACAUGUGGGAGCGAUACCGCAAGCCCAUUAUGAUAAGCGAGUACGGAGCCGACUCCAUCCCCGGCAUCCACGCCGACCCUGUCUUCGUCUUCACCGAGGACUUCCAGACAGAAGCCUUGGGCUGCUUCCAUCGGGCAUUCGACCAGCUGCGCGAGAGCGGCUUCUUUUUCGGCGAGCACGUGUGGAACUUUGCCGACUUCAUGACCACGCAGAAGGGCAAUCGGGUUUACGGGAACCGCAAGGGAAUACUAACGCGAGAACGUCAGCCCAAGGCUGCGGCGAAAGUGAUCCGCUGCCGCUAUUACAAACUGGCUAACAGGACGCUGCCAGAUCACGAUGCCUACUGUAUACCGGACGAACGACCGUAAAUUAA